GCGUAGCACGUGAGGCGGACCGCCGUUAGCCGACGCGACCUCGUCCCUCUCCCACACGGCCACACCCCGCCUGAGCCAACGGCGGCGAUGCAGGCGGCAGUCGGCCACCGCGCCGCCAACGUGGGCUUCCCUUCACGCUCGCGCUUGCGGGGUGGCUUCCUUCUCCCCGGCCGCGCCCGCUUCUUCUCUGAAGGCGCGGAGGCGGCGCCACUCCGCGUCGAAUCCCUGCCCCAGCCACGGACCCAUGGCGGCGGCGAUUUCGUGCACCUCAAGGCCGUGGAUGGGGAGGCACAGCGGCUGCCGCGCGCCCUCCGGGGAAUCCUUCUCGAUCAUCAGAAAAUGGCUUGCACCGACCUUCUGAAAGCUGCUCUACUUUCGACCCCAUUAUUUGCUGUACCACUUGAGGCGUUAGCCGAGACGUGCCAACCACCUAAUUCUUUUGCCAAUAUGCCAAUUUUCAUUGCUGUGGCUCUAAUUGGAGCUGCUGUUGGUGGAUUGUUAGCACGCCGAAGAAAGGAAGAAUUGAAGCGGCUGAAUAAUCAACUUCGCCAGAUCAAUACAGCACUUAGAAGGCAGGCACAGAUUGAAUCAUUUGCACCUGGCCUUACUUAUGCGCCUGUUAAGAGAACAACAGAAACUGAUGUUGUUGUUGACCCAAGGAAGCAGCAGUUGGUCUCAAACCUGAGAAAUGGGAAGAAUUACAUGAGGAAUCAAGAUCUUGAUAAGGCAGUGGUAGAGUUCAGGACAGCUCUGGAGCUUGCAGAGAGCAUAGGAGAUCGUUUUGAGGAAAAGAAAGCUGCACGGGGACUAGGUGCAUCACUGCAAAGGCAGGGGAAAUACAGAGAAGCGAUGAGGCAGUACGGCAAGGUCCUGGAGCUGUCCAAGGAGACGGGCGAGGACUCCGGCUGCACGGAGGCGUACGGCGCCAUAGCCGACUGCUACGCGGAGCUGGGCGACCUGGAGCGGGCGGCGAAGGUGUAUGACAAGUACAUAUCGCGGCUGCAGCCAGGCGAGUAAGCAGCCGCCCGAAAUUUGUUGGAUUCCUUUUUGAUUGGGAGUUGAGUUUUGCUCGGCGCAAGGCGCGCGAAUUUUGUUGGUCUGUUGAGCUUCACAUCACUGGAGGGGCUUGGAUUGAUCUGAGAACAGGUUUGAUUAAUCUCUGUAUAUAUGGUGCUACAGCACAAGUGUUCAGGGAUUGGAUUA